AUGCAGUGGCAGCAGCAACGGCAAGAAAGAAGCAGCAGCAAUGCAGCGAUAGCAGCAACGGCAGCGAUAGCAGCAAUGGUGCGGCAGUGGCAGCACAGUAAUGGUGUGGUAGUGGCAGCACGGUGUGGUAGCAGUAACAGCAACGGUGUGCAGCAUACCAGCAACGGUGUGGCAGUGGUAGCAGCAAUGUGCGCGGUAGCAGCAACGCUGGUGCGGCAGCAGCAAUGGUGGCAGCAGCAACGGUGUGGCAGCGGCAGCAGCAAUGUGCGGCAGUGGCAGCAGGCAACGCGUGGCAGCGGCAGCAGCAACGGUGCGGCAGGGCAACGGCGUGCAGUGGCAGCAGCAACGGUGGCAGUGGCAGCAGCAAUGGCAUGGUGCAGGCAACGGCGUGGCAGCAGUAGCAACGGUGCGCACGGCAGCAGCAACGGCGGCGGUAGCUACAGCAGCAACGGCGCAGCGGCAGCAGCAACGGCGUGGCAGCGGCAGCAGCAACGGUGCGGCAGUGGCAAGGCGGCGGCAGCGGCAGCAGCACGGCGCGUCAGUGCAGCAGCAGCAACGGCAGCGGCAACGGUGCGAAGCGGCAGCAGCAACGGCGGCAGCGCAGCAGCAACGGCGGCAGUGGCAGCAGCAACGGUGCGGCAACGGUGCGGCAGCGGCAGCAGCAACGGCGGCAGCGGCAGCAGCAACGGCGUGGCAGUGCAGCAGCAACGGUGCGGCAGCGGCAGCAGCAACGGCGUGGCAGCGGCAACGGUGCGGCAGUGGCAGCAGCAACUGGUGCAGCAGCGGCAGCAGCAAUGGUACGGUAGCGGCAAUGGUGCGGCAGCAGCAGCAGCAACGGCGUGGCAGUGGCAGCAGAAUGUGGGUGGCAGCAUUACCAGCAACGGUGGCAGCACAACCAGCAAUGCAGUGGCAGCGGCAGUAACGGCGUGGCAGUGGCAGCAACGGCGCGGCAGUGGCAGCAGCAAUGGUGUGCAGUGA